AUGCUUCCAAGGACAAGGGUGGUGCCAGGGGACUACGCGGCGCCGGUGUUCACGACGCGGGUGCUGCAGCACAGCACGGUGAAGCUCACGUGGGAUGAGGACGAGCCCACCCGCGUGCGAGCGCUGCGCCGCAAGUUCGCCUCCGACCAGGUGGCGGAUCUGGACUUCCGCGACUACCUCGCCUCGUCCUCGGGUGAGGAGGGGGACGAAGAGGGAGAGGACGAGGAGGAGGAGGAGGAGGAGCAGAGAACGGAGAAUGGUGGCAGGAAGGAGGAAGGGAAGAAGAAGGGUGGAGGGACAAGAGAGAAGCUGAGGAUGCUGUUGAAGGGGCUGGCGGGGGAUGGUGAGGGCAAGGGGAGGAAGAAGGGGAAGGGGAGACCGGGAGAGGCAGAGGGGGAGGAGUCGGAUGGGGAGGGGUGGGGGUCAUCAGGGGUGGAGGGCGACAUGGAGGUGACGUUCUCCACGGGGCUGGCAGCGCUGGGUGACAAGCUGGCGCGGCGGCGCAGCGAGCAGCAGCGCGUGGGCAGCGAGACGGUGUUUGAGGCGUACCAGCGGCAGCGCAAGGAGCGCCGCAAGGAGCGCCGCCGCCUGGCCGAAGAGAGCAAGGCGGCAGGAGGGGGCGCAGGGGGGAGUGCGGAGGGGGAGGCGGGAAGCGACGAGGACCUGUACGACAGCAGGCGCGUGCAGCAGGAGGACGACCCCUUCUUUGCUCUGCCCGGCGACGACGACCCCUUUGCCGACCCCUUCUUUGCCUCCGCUCAUGCCGGCGCUGCUGCUGCUGGCACGGCCAUGGGUGGCAACGCAGGGGCUGGAGGGGCGAAGGGAGUGAAGGCAGGGAAGAGCGAGUAUGAGAGGAAGGCAGAAGAGCGAGAGAGGAAGAGGGCGGAGCGGGAGCGGGAGAGGGCAGAGGAGGAGAGGCGGAGGGCGGAGCUGGAGUUGCUGCUGAUGGAGGGUGGUGAGGGCGCGGGGGUGAAGGGGUUCAACCUCAAGGCGGACGCACGCAAGGCCAGGGAGCAGCGCCGCGCGCAGGGCAGAGGGGCGAGGGGGGCGCAUGGCGCAGCGGGGGAGGAGGAGGCUGACGGGGAGGGAGUAAGAGCGCGGUCGGUGGGUGGUGGUGGCAAGGUGGGGAGGGGCGGAAGGGAGGGGAGGAGUGUGGAGCAGGCAGAGGCGGUGGCGGGGCGGGGUGUGGACGUGGACGUGAAUGACCCGCGCUUCGCUGCGCUCUUCACGUCAUCGCACUUCGCCAUUGACCCCACCGACCCCCGCUUCCUCAAGUCGUCAGCCCCGCAGCGCCUGAUAGCGGAGAAGCAGCGCCGCCGCGUGCCAGGUGGCGCAGCGGGCGGGGGAGCAGCGGGUGGUGGCGGGAGUGGCAGGGGUUCCGCCAGCCAUGGGCGGGGGGGUCAAGGGGGGCUGGGAGGUGGGCGGGGGGCUGGGGAUGGGGAGGAGGGGAAGGGUGCGGGUAGUGGCAGGGCGGAGCUGAGUGUGGUUGUGAAGAGCCUCAAGCGCAAGAUGGGGCAGAGCACACACAAGGCAGGGCCGGAAACAGGGAAGGCAGCGCCAGGGACAGGCAAGGCGGACGGCCUGAAAAGGCAAAAGAAAUGA